CCGCCUUGUUCGAGAAUUGGUUAACACGGUGAAAGUGUCCAAGACUUUCACGCACACUACAAACCGUUUCGGCCGUUUGAGAAAAGAAAAAAAUCACGUUCUUCCGACUCUCCUUUAGGUCCGAUGUGUGCGAGACGGCCUCAAGACUUAUUGGGCUCCGAAUCCGUUCGACUUGAUUCAUUAGGAAGGCGAGUGUUUUUCUUUCAAAAUAUGGGCUAACGAAAAAAGUUUUCGAUAUGGCUGUUGUUAUUGAAACGACGUUGGGUGACAUCACGGUCGAUCUGUAUACAGAUGAAAGACCACAAACAUGCAAGAAUUUCCUCAAGCUCUGCAAAGUGAAAUACUACAACUUCUGCCUUUUCCAUUCGAUCCAGGCCAACUUCAUCGCACAAACCGGAGACCCGACUGGUAUCGGAACUGGAGGAGAAUCUGCAUUUGGAUUGGCUUACGGCAUUGAUUCGAAAUACUAUGAGGCUGAAAAGAUGCCAAAAAUUAAACACAGCAAACCGGGACUUCUGUCCAUGGUCAACUGCGGAAACAAUAUGCUUGGAUCACAGUUUUUUGUUACACUAGGAGCUGAUCUCCAAUCCUUAGAAGAACAUUGUGUUUUUGCUGAAGUCACUGAAGGCCAUGACAUACUUGUUAAAUUAAAUGAUGCUAUCUGUGAUAACCAGCACAGACCAUACCAGGAUAUAAGAAUCACUCAUACUGUAAUAUUAGACGAUCCGUUUGAAGAUUUACCUGGUUUGGUUGUUCCUUUGGGCUCCCCUGAUAUAUCUCAGCUUCAAGAAUUUAACGGUAGGAUUGGAGCAGAUGAAAAAAUAAACGACGAGGAAGGACUGACGGAGGCUCAGUUGCAGGAGAUAAAAGCCGACAGAGAAGCAAAAGCUAGGGCCACCAUCCUUGAAAUCGUCGGCGAUUUGCCAGACGCCGAUAUCGCUCCUCCUGAGAAUGUUUUAUUUGUAUGCAAGUUAAAUCCUGUAACAGAUGACUCUGAUCUGGAGAUUAUCUUCAGUAGAUUUGGAAAGAUCAAAAGUUGUGAAGUAAUCAGAGAUCACACAACCGGUGAUUCGCUUCAGUAUGCGUUUGUGGAAUUUGAAGAUCAAAGAGCCUGUGAACAAGCAUACUUAAAAAUGGAUAAUGUUUUAAUUGAUGACAGGCGUAUCCAUGUUGAUUUUAGCCAGAGUGUCUCUAAGAUAAAAUGGAGGGGUAAAGGAAGAGGUGUUGAGAUUCUAGAUAAGAUCGAUGAGAAGGAAAUUGGUCGUGGUGGCGAUCGAUAUGGAAGUAAACGAGAUUAUUAUAGGGACAGAGAAAGGGACAGAGAUAGAGAAAGGAGUGACAGAAGGAGGGAAGAUGAUAGAAGAAGGAGAGGUGACAGAGAAUCCGAUGAAUACAGGAGAAGGGAUAGAAGGAAAGACGAUGGUCGAAGAAGAGACGAGGAAAUGUGGAGGGAUGAUGAUAGAUACGAGGAGGACAGGAAGCGAAGAGAAUCAAGAGAUGACAGACGAAGAGAAGACAGACGGUAUGACAAUAGUAGGCGAGAUGAAAGAAGGAGGGAAGUCGUCUUUAUUCUUAAACAAAAUAUAUAUAUUUAAUAAACCAGAAAAUGGCAUAUGCCUACUUGGAACUAGCAAAGCAUGGUGUGUUCUGACAAAAAGAAUACAAUUAAAAUUUUAAUCUGUUUAUUACCCAUCAGUAAAAUUUAUAAUAGAACAUGUCAGAUCAGUCGGUGGACUAAAGAUUUUUUGGGAUUUAACAUUAAAAAAAAUUGUCUGUAACUUGUAUUGGGGAUUAAAAUAGAUUUAUUUUAUUUCAAAAUGCAUUUCAUUAUGUAAUAAAAACAAUGGCAUUGAUCAAAUACCAUUUAAUGCUAAAAUGUUGUCCCACUCAAAAAUGAGUAUAGAAAAUUUAGUAAUCCCUUUUAUGUCAAUCACUCAAAUCUGCUUUGUUUUUCUUAGAAAUAAAUAGUGUUUUAUUCUUC